AUGAAUUAGUUUUAAUCAAUAAGAGAAGGUUAUGAAUAAAUAGGACAUGAAUAGUAUUAUCAAGAAUAUGGAUCUAAUUAUAAAAAUCCUCAUGAAGAUAAAAUAAAAUAGGUCCUUUUGAUUGCCUUAGCUAAAUGGAAACCAAAAUUAAUAAAAGUUCUUGAUUUAGCAUGUGGUAGUGGAGAAAUCACACUAAUUUUAAAAUCUUUGGGAGUCAAAAAUAUUGUAGCAAUGGAUCCUUACACUAUGUAAGCAUUCAAAAAAAGAACUGGAGAUGAAUGUCUACCUAUUUCGUUUGAAUAGAUUGCAGAUGGAUAAAUUGGAGAUCAUGAAUAUUCAUUAAUUAUUUGUAGUUAUGCAAUGCAUUUAGCUGAUGAUUCCUUAUUGCCAGGUUUAUGUAUGUAAUUAGCCAUGAUUUCUAAACAUAUGAUUAUACUUUCUCCUCAUAAAAGACCAGUAAUUAAAUGGGGUUGGAAUUAAGUUGAUGAAAUAAUUAAAGAUAAGACUCAUGCUCGUUACUAUACUUCAACAUAUUUAUGA